CGAACGUCGCCUUGGACUGAGUUUCGGACACUCCUCGCCAAGGAUUCGGCCCUAAAGGCCUCCCCUGCCUUUGGGUUCUCCCAAUUCCUGCGCCUGAUUUUAGUAUUUGCCUGGGAGGGAAGCGAGCGGGCCGCAGGGCGCUCUAGGCCGAGCAGCUGCUUCUCUAUGAUCACAGGGGGCGGGCCCCGCGCCCGGCGCAGGGCGAGCGGAGGGGGCGCGCGUCAGUUCCGCGCGGGGCGGUACGAGAACCAUGGCUGCCGUAAGAGAAAAUGUCAGUUUACUCUUCAAGUUAUACUGCUUGACAGUGAUGACCCUGGUGGCUGCAGCUUACACUAUAGCUUUGAGAUACACAAGGACAACAAAUACAGAACGCUACUUUUCAACCACAGCUGUGUGUAUCACAGAAGUUGUAAAGUUAUUGCUAAGUGUGGGACUCUUAGCUAAAGAAACUGGUAGUCUGGGUAGAUUCAAGACGUCUCUAAGUGAAAAUGUCUUUGGGAGCCCCAAAGAACUGAUGAAAUUAAGUGUACCAUCACUGGUAUAUGCUGUUCAGAACAACAUGGCCUUCCUAGCCCUUAGCAAUCUAGAUGCAGCAGUGUACCAGGUGACCUAUCAAUUGAAGAUUCCCUGUACUGCAUUAUGUACUGUUUUAAUGUUAAAUAGGACACUCAGCAAAUUACAGUGGAUUUCAGUUUUUAUGCUUUGUGGUGGAGUCACACUUGUACAGUGGAAACCAGCCCAAGCUACAAAAGUUGUGGUGGAACAGAAUCCAUUAUUAGGAUUUGGUGCAAUAGCUAUUGCGGUAUUAUGCUCAGGAUUUGCUGGUGUAUAUUUUGAAAAAGUUUUAAAGAGUUCAGACACAUCCCUUUGGGUUAGAAAUAUUCAAAUGUAUCUAUCAGGGAUUGUUGUGACAUUAGUUGGCGUCUACUUGUCAGAUGGAGCUGAAAUUAAAGAAAAAGGAUUUUUCUAUGGUUACACACAUUAUGUCUGGUUUGUCAUCUUUCUGGCAAGUGUUGGAGGCCUGUACACUUCUGUGGUGGUCAAGUACACAGACAACAUCAUGAAAGGCUUCUCUGCUGCAGCAGCCAUUGUGCUUUCUACCAUUGCGUCCGUGACCCUGUUUGGAUUACAGAUAACACUUACUUUUACUCUGGGCACCAUUCUUGUAUGUGUUUCCAUCUAUUUCUAUGGACUACCCAGACAAGACACUACAUCAAUCCAACAAGGAGAAACAGCUUCAAAAGAAAGAAUCAUUGGUGUGUGAAUUGAGCCUGAAGAAAGAUGACUAAACUAUUUGCAUUAUACUAGAGCCUUAAGUCAAUCCCAGAAGGAAGCUUAAACAAAUAAAAACAACAACAAAAAAAUCAACCACAUGGUGUAAGAAUCAAGAAACAAACUGUCACAGGGAGUUGCUGAUACAGAGAUUUAAUCUGGGCCAAAUGGGGUCAAGUUGUAUUUUAAAAUGAAGGAAUUUUAUUGUAUAUAUAUGAUGUACAUAAAAAUAUGGAGAUGACAUGGUAUUUAAGCAAAUCAUGUGAGGCUACAAUAUUCAAAUAACUAGGUUUGGGACAAUGUUUAAAGGUUGAAGUGCCAAAGCCAUUUCUGUACUAACUGUUCCCUUGUUCAGGUACCAGGGGAGAAGGACAACCCCUCAAAGUUCUCCAAAAUUCACAGAGUGAAUUUGUCCUAGCAGCAGUAAAGCCCUAACUCUUUUUUAUGAGAAAGGCAAAAACAAGACAGGUAGUUCAGAAACAAACAGAAUGUGUAACUUCUCAAGUGGAAUCUAUUUCAUAGCUCAGACAAUGAUCUCUGGGUGGCAACUGGAUACUCCUUUAAUCCUAUAUUUGUGCCAUUCAUUGUCUGGUUCCUGUUUCUUUGCCGUUAGAAGAUAUACUUUUUUUCAAAAAAAAAUUUCUAAUGUCACUUUUGUACUUUUUUUUUAUAAAGUAAUGUUAAUUGUUGGACUCUCAAAUAAUUUGUGUAAUUGCAGUGUUUUUAAAAAUAUUUCUAUAAUGUCAAUGAAAAAUUCAGCAAUAAAAUUAAUUUAUUUGUA